UGUGGAGUGGAAAACGGACUGUCGCUGAAGAGCAAAGGAGAGGAGAGAGGUGAAAAAAGCAGUGAAAUGGUGUAAAAGCCCAACGACUCCAACCCGAGCCAGGGGACAAACGAGCAGGGACGACGCACGAGGAUUAUUGUUCUUAUUAUAAUUAUCAUUAAAGUCAGUAAACUCCCGCUUUUUGAUGCUGUCCUCACGGAGGUUUGAGCCAAUAACGGACUUAUUGGUCGGCUGAACCAUGCAGAGGCUGCUGCUCCUGAGUUUGGUGUUGAGUUUUCAAACUGUGUGGACAGCAAGGUUCUCUCAGGAGCCGGCAGACCAGUCGGUGGUGCGGGGCCAGAGGGUGAUCCUGUCCUGUGUUGUCUUCAACUACUCGGGCAUUGUUCAGUGGACCAAAGAUGGCCUGGCUCUGGGCAUCGGAGAGGACCUGCGGGCCUGGCCCAGGUACCGCGUGCUACGUGUCCAGGAGUUGGGCCAGUACAACCUGGAGAUCCUGUCAGCUGAUCUGUCUGAUGACUCCCUGUACGAGUGCCAGGCCCCUGAUGCCGCCCUGAGGUCCAGGAGGGCCAAGCUCACCGUCCUCAUCCCCCCAGACGACCCGGUGAUCGAUGGGGGUCCGGAGGUGUUGCUGAAUGCGGGGGAGUCCUACAACCUUAGCUGUGUGUCCCGAGGGGCUAAACCACCUUCGAUGAUUGAGUGGCUUAAAGAUGGCCUGCCUGUAGAGGGGGCUGUCAGUGCCACCGAGGUGCUUCAAGACAGGAAGAGGGUGACCACGCGUAGCUACCUGCCCAUCCAUCCCAUCGACACUGACACUGGGAGGAACUACAGCUGUGUGGCCACCAACCUGGCCGUUCCCACCGGCAAAAGCACAACUGUCACCCUCAACGUGCACCAUUCACCAACAGUGACCUUGUCCAUUGAGCCUCGCUCUGUCCUGGAGGGGGACAGAGUCACUUUCACCUGCCAGGCUCACGCCAACCCUCCUAUUAUGGGCUACAGGUGGGCUAAGGGUGGUGUGGUGCUCCAGGGUGCCAGGGAGAGCGUGUUCACAACCAAGGCCGACCACUCCUUCUUCACCGAGCCCGUCUCUUGUCUGGUUUUCAACGCGGUGGGAAAGACCAACGUCAGCAUCCUUGUAGACGUUCACUUCGGUCCGAUCCUGUUGGUGGAACCUCAGCCAAAAACCGUAGAUGUUGACUCUGAUGUCACCCUUAACUGCAAAUGGGCUGGAAACCCUCCACUCACACUCACCUGGUUCAAAAAAGGUUCAAACAUGGUUCUGAGUAACAGCAACCAGCUGUAUCUGAAGUCAGUGAGCCAGGCGGAUGCCGGCCAGUAUGUAUGUAAGGCCAUCGUCCCACGGAUUGGAGUAGGAGAGACUGAGGUCACGCUCACCGUCAACGGUCCUCCUAUCAUCUCCAGUGAUCCGGUCCAGUAUGCGGUGAGAGGAGAGAGGGGAGAGGUGAAAUGCUACAUAGCAAGUACACCUCCUCCAGAUAAGAUUGUGUGGGCGUGGAAGGAGAACGUGUGGGAGAAGGAGAAGGGGACGCUGCUGGAGAGGUACACAGUGGAGCAGAGCAAACCAUCAGCCGAGGGCGGCGGCGUCCUCUCAACCCUCACCAUCAACAACGUGAUGGAGUCCGACUUCCUGUCCACCUACAACUGCACGGCCUGGAACGCGUUCGGGCCAGGCACCAUGAUCAUCACACUGGAGGAGACUGAGGAGGUCCCAGUGGGGAUAAUAGCUGGUGGGACAGUGGGCUCAACCAUCCUCUUGUUCAUCUUUCUGCUAGUCCUCGUUCUUAUCUUCUACCGGCAGCGCAAAGGCAGUCGGCGCGGGGUCACGCUGGGUAAGCCCGACAUCAAGGUGGAGACGAUAAACAAGGAGACCCACAGCUUAGAGGAGGACUCCGGCAGCGUGUCCACGGCUUCGCGCAUGGUCAAGGCCAUGUACUCGUUUCUCCCCUCUGUGUCCUUCUCUCCCUCCAAUCAGCCCUUUAAAGAUGACAUAGAGCUCAAGUCUGACCUCCGCAGUGACACCCUGGACACCCGCCAGGAAUAUGAUCUAAAGGACCCCACUAAUGGCUACUAUAACGUGCGCGCCUCCACCCACGACGAAGGCCGCCCUGCCUCCCGCUCCACCAUGCACUACUCUGACUACCGCUCCCCCACAGGGACACCAGGGGGAGCUGCAUCAAUUAGCAGCAGCGCCGGUGGCUCGGGAGCCACAGCCAGUGGAGGAGCACCUGGUCCUCCGGGUCCCCUCACCUCCCCUGGCCGCCCGCAGGCUUGCUAUGACCCUCGACCCCCCUCCAGACUGUCUCACAUCAGCUACGCCCAGUUCAACACCUUCACCCGUGGGGGCCAAAGCCAACAGCCUCCGCCCAACCCCGCCCCUGCAGCCAGCGACUUCCCAGGAGACUGCAGCCUCCUGGACUCCACUUCCCAGCUGGCCUACGACAACUAUGGAUACCCCUCGCAUUACCAGACCUACCGCAUGGGUUUCGCCCCAUCCAGCCUGGCACCACUGGAGGCUGGCCCAUCUUAUGAGAUGUACGGGGUUGGAUCCGGGGUAGGGGGCCCUGGGGUUGGCGUGGGUCCUGGGGUGGGUCCCGGGGUGGGUCCCGGGGGUCCGGCUCCCUCGGGAUCAGAGACUGGACUAGGGAAGUACGGCAGCUCCACUCGCUUCUCCUACACCUCUCAACACUCUGACUACUCCCACAGCCGACACACACAGAGGAUGCAGACUCACGUGUGAGACAGAGAGACGCAUAAAACACCUCACAGUCUUAGCCGAGCAUGAGGAAGCAUCUUAUAAAUAGCGUCACACCUAAAACUACACACAAUCACAGAUUUACACGCACACAUUUUCACACACCGACACACCCUGCUGAACACAAACACAACUACAGAACACAAAAAAACAUCACACACACCCAUGCACAGAGUCAGAAGACCAUGCCCAUGAGACAGGGAGGGUAUGAGAAACACAGAGGCACAGCGAGAGAAAAAGCGACGAGUGGAAAAGAAGGAGUCUUAGUGAGACAGGGAAGGGAAAUUCCACACAAUUUUGAAUUCCCUCACUCCCGAUGUGUUUGUAUAUCUGAGCUCUGAAAGAGCAGACGGCGCAAGUCACAAUCAAGACUGGGAAAGAGAGCAAGAACCAGAGAGAGGACGAGAGAUCACAGAUCUUUGGAGCCCAUAGCUUUUGCUAUGAAUUGACAUUGUAAAUGAUGAGAGAGAACGUCUUAAGACUAAACUGAUUGACUGUCAAAUAUGGUACACGCUGAUCGGGAGAAACCUCAACCAGUGGAAGUCAUUUCUGGCCGACAUUUUAACAUUUUUUUUUUGCUGGUUGUUUUAUUCAAUGAUCAUAGAGCACAUAUAAAUAUAGUAUCCCAGAAUGCCCCUCUGUUAGGCGGCGUGGGGGUGUUGGGGCUGGGGUGUCGGUUGGGAGGGUUGUCAUCAUUUUGCACUGCAUCUACAGUAUUCAUGCUUAGACGUCCCUUAUCUAUAUCUGUGUAAUGUCUUCUUUUUAUUUGCACACCCGACUAGAGCUUUGUAUUCUAUUUUUUAACAUUACAAAAUUAUUUUUGUCAAUGUAAAACAUGUAAUGUGUAUGUAUGGACCAAAAGUUUGAACGUGAGCGCACAUAAGUCGGGCCUUUGCCUGAGUGAUAUCCACUGAGACAGAGAGAAGAGUUGUGCCAACAGCAGAGCCUGAAUUCCUCUCGCAAAAAGCUGAGAGGAUUCAGGAAGUAUUUCACACCAGAAGGGUAUAUCAGUGUAUAAAAGAAACCUAGUGCCAAUUGUUCAUGUUGUUCUUCACCUUAGACCAUGUAUAUGCAGUAGAAGCUCCUUCUAUUGGCGACUGUUGCUUUACAAACCAGGCUGGGGGCCUUGAGUCAUUCCCAGACGUUUUUGUAGGCUGGGGCCUUUUUCUCUGAGCUCUAAACUACAAGCCUGGUGCAGACAGAGAGAAAAACACAGAUGUUGGGUUUAGAACUUAGUGGCCUUAUAGGAGAACAUGUCGUACAUUUCCAUUUUCAAUCAUUCCUCAUCGUCUGUCUGCCAAAACGGCCAGAGGAGAAUGUGUAUGGAGAGGUUCAAUGAAGGCUUGUCCACAAUAUUGACAUGUAGUAGUGUAUGACUGCGAGUGUGUGGGUGUGUGAGUGUGAGAGAGAGAGAGAUCAAGAGGGAGUGUGUGGGCAUUGGCGCACACAUCGAUUUGUACAGUGUGUUUGUAUAGAUGUGUGAAUGACUGAGUGUGCAUGGGACGCAUACUGUAAACACACAGCGCCUCACUCAGGUGUGCGCACGACUAUUGUAUGCAUGUCCGUGUGUAUACAGUAUGCCUGUAUGGAUGUGUGCAUGUCUGUGUCUAAGUGUGCGGGUGAGUGUUUCAGUAUAUGUCCAUAUCAUUUCUCUCACAAUCCUGUUACAGUACUUUUAUACCUCUGGUAGGACUGUAUCCUGUAUUAUUGUGUCUUUGAAUUUAGAAAAAUCCAAUGUUUAUCUUAUUGUACUGUUCUUCGUAGCAGAGAAAACUGUUCAAAAGAUGUACAACGAACGUUAUCAAACUCUCAUUUUUUAAUUUCAUUAUCUUCAAUAUUUUUUAAAAAUGGUAUGUAAUUAUUUUUCCACAGUAUUACAUAAAU